AUGAAGCUCGUUCCAACCAAGGCGUCGACCGACAUUGGCGAAGAUGCCGUUACUCUCCUACCUGAGGACUCAGAGGACAUGUGGCAUGCCUACAACCUCAUCAGCCCCGGCGACCUCGUCAUGGCGCAUGCCGUGCGGAAAGUCGUACAAGAGACCAAGACCGGCAGCACCAUUUCUGAGCGAGUCCACACCGUCCUUGCGAUCCAAGUCAAGAGCACCUUCUUCGACCCCAUCGUUGGCCAACUUCAGGUCAGCGGCACCGUCAAAUCCGAGAAUGCCUACGUCAGCCUCGGCCAAUACCACACUCUCGAUCUCGAGGUCUCGCGCCCCUUCACGAUAAGCAAGCCCGAGGGCUGGGAUUCGGUCGCCAAGGAUACACUGUCCGAGAGUCUGUCGGAUGACAAGGACGGCGCCAUGGCCGCCGUUGUCAUGCAGGAGGGCAUCGCCAACAUUUGCCUCAUCAGCCAGUUUCGCACUGUCAUCAAGCAGCGCGUCGAGAGCGUCAUCCCCAAGAAGCGAAGCGCCGCCUCCGAAACAUCUCAGGGAAUGAGGCGCUUCUACGACAAGACCCUGACCGCCCUUCUCCGAACCGUCAACUUCGACACGCCCAGGCCGCUCUUGCUAGCGAGUCCGGGAUUUGUCGCGGCCGAUUUCAAAAAGUAUAUUGCGGACGAGGGAAGAGACAAGUCGGACAAGAAGCUGUCAGGGAUCGCCAAGGAGGCCAUCGUCAUCCAUACAAAUUCGGGCCAUGUGCACAGUCUGAACGAGGUCUUGAAGAGCCCGGAGAUGGGCACCAAGCUGAAGGACUUCAAGUUUACAAAGGAGACCAAGUUGAUGGAUCAGUUCUUUGACAGGCUACGACUGGAAGACGGACGGGCGUGGUACGGAGCCUCGGCUGUGGCCAAGGCCGUCAACGAGGGUGCCAUCGGCCCCGGCGGCGGCGUCCUCAUCAUGAACAACUCCUUGUUCCGCAGCUCUGACAUCCCGACAAGGAAAAAAUACGUGGCGCUGGUGGACAAGGUAAGGGCAGACGGUGGCGAUGUCAGAAUCCUUAGCAGCGAUCACGAGAGCGGCCAGAGACUCGACAUGCUAGGCAGCAUCGCCGCCAUCCUGUCAUACCCGAUCCACGAUUUGGACGAGGACGAGGACGAGGACGACGGGGAGACAGCAGCCGGAGAUGCGGGCGGAGAGACAAUUAUAUGA